AUGGAAAACAACGUAAGAGAAUACAUUAAGAAAGAUUAUGGCAUUGAGCUGUCAUAUGGAAAAGCUUGGAGAUGCCGACAGAAGGCUCUUUCUUUUGCUAGAGGGACACUGGAAGUAUCCUGCCAUAAGUUACCAUUGUACCUGUUCAUGCUUCAACACAAAAAUCCUGGGACGUUGAUAGAUUUUGUCUCUAAGGAGGAACGGUUCAAAUAUUGCUUUUUCUCACUCAGACUAAAGGAAGCGAUUGGGGAAGUUGAGUACCUGGCGUUUGUAACUGACAGACAUGCAAGUAUUACACAUGCCUUGGAAACUAUUUUCCCUGAUGCCUAUCACGGUGCCUUCUACCACCACAUUAGUAUGAAUGUGCAUGCUAAAUUCAAGAUUGAUCAUUGUCACGUGUUGAUGUAUAAUGCGGCAUAUGCUUUUAGGAAAUCCGAGUUCCACGCUCACUUCGAAAAAAUCAAAUCAAAAGACCCAAUUAUUUCCCUGCUUACUUUCUUGAAAAUAGAUACUAGGUACAAUAUAAUGAUAAGCAGUUAUGCUGAAAGUUUCAACAAUAAAACUUUGGACGCUAGGAGCUUUCCGAUAACUACAUUCAUCGAAUUUAUUCGCUUCACACUUCAGUCAUGGUUCUGUGAUAGGAGAGAAACUAGCGAGAAGAAAACUACAACUCUUGCAUCAACCUACAAGAAAGAUUUGGUGGAUAUGGCUGAGAAAGCUCGAUUCUUGAUCCCUUAUGCAAUAGGGAGACAUGAGUUCCAUGUGUUAGAUGGUGAACUGAAUGGUGAAGUUGACCUUUUGAAUAAGACAUGCGCAUGUGGCGUGUUUCAGCUUAUUGGAUUUCCAUGUGUUCAUGCACUAUCUGGAUCCCUUAAGAGAGGGGUGAACUUUUAUUCUCUUUGUUCAGAUUACUAUAAAAUUAAGACGUGGAGGUCCUCUUACACAUAA